UUGCAGAAACAGAUUGCAAGGAAAAUGAAGUUCCCUAUUUUCAUAGUAGAUGCAUUCACAGCAAAAGCAUUUCGUGGGAAUCCUGCUGCUGUUUGCCUCCUAGAAGAUAAAUUGGAUGAAGACAUGCAUCAAAAAAUUGCAAAGGAAAUGAAUCUCUCUGAAACUGCUUUUAUCCAAAAACUACACCCAACUGACAACUUUACACAAAGUUCCUGCUUUGGAUUAAGGUGGUUUACACCAGUGAGUGAGGUUCCUCUCUGUGGCCACGCUACCCUGGCUUCUGCAGCUGUGCUGUUUCACAAAAUAAAAAACAUGAAUAGCACCCUAACCUUUGUCACUCUGAGUGGGGAACUAAAGGCCAGAAGAGAAGAGGAUGGUAUCGUCCUGGACCUGCCUCUUUAUCCAGCCCAUCCCCAGGACUUCCAUGAAGUGGAGGAAUUGAUAAAGACUGCCAUAGGUGACACACUGGUUCAGGACAUCCGCUAUUCCCCAGAUACCCGAAAGCUCCUGGUCCGGCUCAGUGAUACUUACAACAGGUCAUUUCUGGAGAGCCUGAAAGUGAACACACAGAAUCUGCCGCAAGUGGAAAACACGGGGAAGGUGAAAGGACUCAUUCUCACCAUCAAGGGAGAGCCUGAUGGGCAGACUCAAGCGUUUGACUUUUACUCCAGAUAUUUCACUCCAUGGUUUGGUGUGGCUGAAGACCCCGUAACAGGGUCUGCACAUACUGUUCUCAGCAGCUACUGGUCCCAGCAACUGGGGAAGAAAGCCAUGCACGCGUUUCAGUGUUCCAGCCGGGGAGGAGAAUUGAAGAUUUCCCUGCGUCCUGAUGGACGAGUUGACAUCAAGGGACGUGCUGCUCUUGUUUUAGAGGGCACGCUGACGGCCUAGACGCGCUUGUGCGCGAUGCUGCAAUCUUGACUUACUAUUUUCCACGUAGAAAGAAAUGUAAGGGGCUGCUUUGAAUAAAGUUUGCAUAAUAGUCUACUUAAUCCUCACCUUAGACAUAGAACAAAGACAUAUUAAUGGAAAUUUAAUAAUGCUUCCUGACUAAUUAACUAAUGGAGUUUUGGCUCUACCUGUGAGUAUAUUUGAAAUGUAAGUAACCAAUAACGAAGAAUAAUGUUGUCAUCUUUGAUUAUGAGCACCAAUCACAAAAUGAGGAACAAAUUUAUGAGGAGUAAGAUCAAACCACUUAAACUUAGGUGUGAGUACCAGAUAGACUAUUUUGCAGCCAUUGAAAAGACCCAAUAACUAUGAGGAAAUAUUUUUAAAAAUUUCAUGAUACAAUACCAAUAAAGAAAAUCACAGUAGAGUAUAAACUGUUAGCAAUGUUAUGCUGUGUCUGUGGAGAAUACGAAUUUAUAUGGACAGAGAAGAUAGAAAAGUGAAAAGAGUUCACGUGUGGAGGGUAAAAUUGGAGUAAUUUUAAUGUACCUAAACAGUUAUUUUCUUCAUUGGAACACAUGUUUAAUAACUAAAAAUCAGGACAUGUAACUAAAUAACUAAAAAGCUCAGAAAUUUUUUAAAAUGUAUGUGUGACAGAGUGGUAGUAAAAUUAAAAUGAAAAGUAA